GAAAUCAGUAGCGUCAUCGGCGGCCUGGAGGGCGGAGGGAUGAGGGAAGUCGGCGUGAGGGAGACUGGGUUGGGGGAGGGGUUCAGGCCUGUUCCCCGCGGCUGCGGCAGCACCAGCGCCGGCCGCCACCGCCUCUGGAACGCGGAGGAGGUGGGUCCCGGGAAGCGGGAUGUCCAUCGCUCCAGUUUGGUGGUGAAUGCUGAGAAGAGUCACUGUUGCUGCAGUCUGUGCCACCCGGAGGAAGUUGUGUGAGGCCGGGCGGGAGCUCGCGGCGCUCUGGGGAAUCGAAGCGCGGGGUCGGUGCGAAGACUUUGCUGCUGCCGGACCCUUUCCUAUUCUGGCCAUGCCUGGAAGGAACAAGGCGAAGUCUACCUGCAGCUGCCCUGACCUGCAGCCCAAUGGACAGGAUCUGGGCGAGAACAGCCGGGUUGCCCGUCUAGGAGCGGAUGAAUCUGAGGAAGAGGGACGGAGGGGGUCUCUCAGUAAUGCCGGGGACCCUGAGAUCGUCAAGUCUCCCAGCGACCCCAAGCAAUACCGAUACAUCAAAUUACAGAAUGGCUUGCAGGCACUUUUGAUUUCAGACCUAAGUAAUAUGGAAGGUAAAACAGGAAAUACAACAGAUGAUGAAGAAGAAGAGGAGGUGGAGGAGGAAGAAGAAGAUGAUGAUGAAGAUUCUGGAGCUGAAAUAGAAGAUGAUGAUGAAGAGGGUUUUGAUGAUGAAGAUGAGUUUGAUGAUGAACAUGAUGAUGAUCUUGAUACUGAGGAUAAUGAAUUGGAAGAAUUAGAAGAGAGGGCAGAAGCUAGAAAAAAAACUACUGAAAAACAGCAAUUGCAGAGCCUGUUUUUGCUGUGGUCAAAGCUGACUGAUAGACUGUGGUUUAAGUCAACUUAUUCAAAAAUGUCUUCAACCCUGCUGGUCGAGACAAGAAAUCUUUAUGGGGUAGUUGGAGCUGAAAGCAGGUCUGCACCUGUUCAGCAUUUGGCAGGAUGGCAAGCGGAGGAGCAGCAGGGUGAAACUGACACAGUUCUGUCUGCAGCGGCUCUUUGUGUUGGAGUUGGGAGUUUCGCUGAUCCAGAUGACCUGCCGGGGCUGGCACACUUUUUGGAGCACAUGGUAUUCAUGGGUAGUUUGAAAUAUCCAGAUGAGAAUGGGUUUGAUGCCUUCCUGAAGAAGCAUGGUGGUAGUGAUAAUGCCUCAACUGAUUGUGAACGCACCGUCUUUCAGUUUGAUGUCCAGAGGAAGUACUUCAAGGAAGCCCUUGACAGAUGGGCCCAGUUCUUCAUCCACCCACUAAUGAUCAGAGAUGCAAUUGACCGUGAAGUUGAAGCUGUUGAUAGUGAAUAUCAACUUGCAAGGCCUUCUGAUGCAAACAGAAAGGAAAUGUUGUUUGGAAGCCUUGCUAGACCCGGACAUCCUAUGGGAAAAUUUUUUUGGGGAAAUGCUGAGACUCUCAAGCAUGAGCCAAAAAAGAAUAAUAUUGAUACACAUGCUAGAUUGAGAGAAUUCUGGAUGCGUUACUACUCUGCUCAUUACAUGACUUUAGUGGUUCAAUCCAAAGAAACACUGGAUACUUUGGAAAAGUGGGUGACUGAAAUCUUCUCUCAGAUACCAAACAAUGGGUUACCCAGACCAAACUUUGGCCAUUUAACGGAUCCAUUUGACACACCAGCAUUUAACAAACUUUAUAGAGUUGUUCCAAUCAGAAAAAUUCAUGCUCUGACCAUCACAUGGGCACUUCCUCCUCAACAGCAACAUUACAGGGUGAAGCCACUUCAUUAUAUAUCCUGGCUGGUUGGACAUGAAGGCAAAGGCAGCAUUCUUUCUUUCCUUAGGAAAAAAUGCUGGGCUCUUGCACUGUUUGGUGGAAAUGGUGAGACAGGAUUUGAGCAAAAUUCUACUUAUUCAGUGUUCAGCAUUUCUAUUACAUUGACUGAUGAGGGUUAUGAACAUUUUUAUGAGGUUGCUUACACUGUCUUUCAGUAUUUAAAAAUGCUGCAGAAGCUAGGCCCAGAAAAAAGAAUUUUUGAAGAGAUUCAGAAAAUUGAGGAUAAUGAAUUUCAUUACCAAGAACAGACAGAUCCAGUUGAGUAUGUGGAAAACAUGUGUGAGAACAUGCAGCUGUACCCACUGCAGGACAUUCUCACUGGAGAUCAGCUUCUUUUUGAAUACAAGCCAGAAGUCAUUGGUGAAGCCUUGAAUCAGCUAGUUCCUCAAAAAGCAAAUCUUGUUUUACUGUCUGGUGCUAAUGAGGGAAAAUGUGACCUCAAGGAGAAAUGGUUUGGAACUCAGUAUAGUAUAGAAGAUAUUGAAAACUCUUGGGCUGAACUGUGGAAUAGUAAUUUCGAAUUAAAUCCAGAUCUUCAUCUUCCAGCUGAAAACAAGUACAUAGCCACGGACUUUACGUUGAAGGCUUUCGAUUGCCCGGAAACAGAAUACCCAGUUAAAAUUGUGAAUACUCCACAAGGUUGCCUGUGGUAUAAGAAAGACAACAAAUUCAAAAUCCCCAAAGCAUAUAUACGUUUCCAUCUAAUUUCACCCUUGAUACAGAAAUCUGCAGCAAAUGUGGUCCUCUUUGAUAUCUUUGUCAAUAUCCUUACGCAUAACCUUGCGGAACCAGCUUAUGAAGCAGAUGUGGCACAGCUGGAGUAUAAACUGGUAGCUGGAGAACAUGGUUUAAUUAUUCGAGUGAAAGGAUUUAACCACAAACUACCUCUACUGUUUCAGCUCAUUAUUGACUACUUAGCUGAGUUCAAUUCCACGCCAGCUGUCUUUACAAUGAUAACUGAGCAGUUGAAGAAGACCUACUUUAACAUCCUCAUCAAGCCCGAGACUUUGGCCAAAGAUGUACGGCUUUUAAUCCUGGAAUAUGCCCGUUGGUCUAUGAUUGACAAGUACCAGGCUUUGAUGGAUGGCCUUUCCCUUGAGUCUCUGCUGAACUUCGUCAAAGAAUUCAAAUCCCAGCUCUUUGUGGAGGGCCUGGUACAAGGGAAUGUCACAAGCACAGAAUCUAUGGAUUUCCUGAAAUAUGUUGUUGACAAACUAAACUUCAAGCCUCUGGAGCAGGAGAUGCCUGUGCAGUUCCAGGUGGUAGAGCUGCCCAGUGGCCACCAUCUAUGCAAAGUGAAAGCUCUGAACAAGGGUGAUGCCAACUCUGAAGUCACUGUGUACUACCAGUCAGGUACCAGGAGUCUAAGAGAAUAUACGCUUAUGGAGCUGCUUGUGAUGCACAUGGAAGAACCUUGUUUUGACUUCCUUCGAACCAAGCAGACCCUUGGGUACCACGUCUACCCUACCUGUAGGAACACAUCUGGGAUUCUAGGAUUUUCUGUCACCGUGGGGACUCAGGCAACCAAAUACAAUUCUGAAGUUGUUGAUAAGAAGAUAGAAGAGUUUCUUUCUAGCUUUGAGGAGAAGAUCGAGAACCUCACUGAAGAGGCAUUCAACACCCAGGUCACAGCUCUCAUCAAGCUGAAGGAGUGUGAGGACACCCACCUUGGGGAGGAGGUGGAUAGGAACUGGAAUGAAGUGGUGACACAGCAGUACCUCUUUGACCGCCUUGCCCACGAGAUUGAAGCACUGAAGUCAUUCUCAAAAUCAGACCUGGUCAACUGGUUCAAGGCCCAUAGAGGGCCGGGAAGUAAAAUGCUCAGCGUUCAUGUUGUUGGAUAUGGGAAGUAUGAACUGGAAGAGGAUGGUACCCCUUCUAGUGAGGAUUCAAAUUCUUCUUGUGAAGUGAUGCAGCUGACGUACCUGCCAACCUCUCCUCUGCUGGCAGAUUGUAUCAUCCCCAUUACUGAUAUCAGGGCUUUCACAACAACACUCAACCUUCUCCCCUACCAUAAAAUAGUCAAAUAAACUGCAGUCACAUUGGCCUGAAGCAAUGUGUAUUUUAAAA